UAGAACUCGACGCAAUCCAUGGUGUAGGGUUUAUAAGAUUCAGCUCGGUCGAAUUUAGCACCUUUUUUCUUAUUUAAUUUCAAAUUUUCAUUGUCCCAAAAACAAUAAAGCCAUUGAACCACUGUUCGGCUUACGAUCAGCGUAAAUAAUUACAAAGGGGGCUUGGAGCUACCAACCACCAUACAGGUAACUGAGAGCAGAGAGCAAGAAGCGUAUAUGUGAUCACCAUUGAUGGCCGUUGAUUUUGCGGCAAAUGUCGGCUCUCCCCAUGAACUAAGUCGUCAUUCCUUUUGAAACGUUACUCUUGGAAACAACGCGGCUUACGGUUGUUUGCACUAAAGCAGCGGUGUUUGUCGUACAUACCGCACACAAUCAAUGUCGGUCGUUUAAAGUCGAAAUGAAACGACGACUCCGUACACUUUUCUAAGAUUCGCUCCUUAGACUCUAGCAGGCGAAAAUAAAAAAAAUGUGCACAAAGCCGCUCUUCUCACCUAUACACCUGAGAAUAAUUCAGACACACACACAUAUGCACACACAAUUUUGCUAUGAAACGCAACGGAACUGUUAACAAGUGAAGACGACGACGACGACAGCGACUAUAUAGUAGAAAAAAAAGGCAGAAGAAGCAGAAGAACUACUAAACAACAACAACAACCAUUACUCUAAGUUAAAUGUGUAUGCCGCCGUACCGUGUGCGCUGUCUGAAUAGACACUAGACCCGUUGCUUGUUUAGUAAGAGAUGAACCGUCAUAGAGGAUACACGCGUUUAUUCUUUUACCACACAUAGAAAGAGAGAAAAAAAAACAAAAAUUGUUCAAGAAGAUUUUACACCUUUUGGUUGGGAUAAAAGAAAACUAACAGAGAAAGAAGAAAAAUCCAAGCUAAAGCAUUCCUAAGUACACAUAGAGAAUGGAAAUGUGAAAAAUCCCCACAAAUGGAAUACAAAGAAUAUUGGAAAAUUUUUCUAAAGAAAAAAUUUAAAAAACACAAAGAAUGAAAAUGUUUAAAAAAUUAAACAAAUAACAGAAUUGUGUUGGAAAUUAAAAAAAAAAAAAGUAUUUUAACACAAAUUUUUGGGGAAAAAUACAAUUUGUAAAAAUGUGGAAGUUAAAGAAAUAUCAUCAAAAUACCAGUGACAAAGUGUUUUGAGUGAAAAGUAAAAACAAAAAUUAAUUUUUUGAUAAUAAAACUAAAACUAAAUUUAAACAAUGAGAAAAAAAUCCAAAAUAUAAACAAAAAUCAUCCAAAUUAAUACAAAAAAAAAAUUGUGUUAACAGUUAAUUUAGCAAUUAAACACACCAAGGAUUAGUGUUAAUUGCUAAAACUGUUGUUAAAUUACAAAAAAGAAAAAUACUUACCAAAACAAACCCAACAAACAAGUGAAGUGUGAUUGGAAAACAACUAAAACAUUUCGUUUUAACUUUAAACAUAACUCAACAAAAUGCCGAAAAUUUUCCUUAUAAAAAAUCGCCUGCAUCAGCAGCAGCAACGUCUAUUAGAAUCACAAAAUCUUUUACAAGAUAAAACCGAUGAUGAUCGUCUGGUACCACCGCUUAGUCCCUCACAUAAUCGUGAGCGUGAUCGUUCAACAUCUCCACCGUCAUAUCAUCAAGCGCGUCUCCAGCCCUUUGCCGAGGCGAAGGAUUUUCCGCGUUCACGCAAUGCAUCACCCUCGCCUUCGAAUAUCGCCUCCACCUCUGAUUCCCUCAAAGCUUUGCAUAUACACAAUCAUCAGCAGCAGCAACAAAAGCAAAAUCUUAAUUUGGCCCGCUCGCGUUCUCAAUCACCCAUAGGUGAUGUCUUAGAUUUACACAAAAAAUCCCCAUUGUCCUGCAAUGUCACAUCGAAUGUUUCAAAAUUGCGUGCAACCGAAGACUAUGAGGGUGAUGAGGAGGAACAACCUUUGAGUUUGGUAUCCUCAUUAACCUAUUUGGGCCGUAAACGUUUCCAUCAAUAUCAUCGUAAUCUAAGGACUUCAGCGGCAUCACCAACAGCGUCCUCAACGACAGUGGCGACAACAGCGCCGUCUGCGACGACUACGACUACAACAACUAUAGCAGCAACGGAGAUAGAUAAGGUUGACAGCAAUAAUGCUGAUAAGGAAAAGGAAGAGAAUAAUGAAGUUGGUCCUGUCACAUCUUUAUGCGAAAAGGAUCGCUUGUCACCUCCAGUAACCACAGCUACCACCACUACUACCGCUGCAAGCUCAACGGAAGCUUGUCAUUCUCGUUCAUCAUCACCUGCCUUCUCCCCCAUUGUCGACAGAGUCGCUACCUGCUCAUCAUCUUUAAAACAGCUACAAGACUGCCCUGAUUCUUUUUCCAAAGCUAUAAAUCCAAAGGCUGAAGAUCAACCACAACAAUUAAAGCAAUCGCUGGAAGAGCUCAACGAUAGCCCCAAAUCCGCCUCACCAAAACAUCGUUAUAUUUCAUCUUACAAAAAAUCUUUGAUUGGCGGUGUCGUUCUAACACAAGCACAACGCAAAGAAUAUCCAUUGGAAAUUGUGCAAAAAAUACAAAAAGAGAACACAACCGUGUUUGCGCAACAGCAGCAACAACUACGACCAAUCGAUGAAAACUCCGAUUCGGAUUCCGACUCGGAUGAUGGCUCAAAGUUGAUUGUAGAUGAAAAACCCUUGGUUCCCGAAGAACAACCAUUAUCGUUGAGAGUGCGAUCAUCUCCGCCACCUGAAGACAAGCGUCCAUCACCACCUCCUUGUCCUGAACCAGCAGUAAGGUGCAGCGUUAUUCAACGUACACCUUCGAAUUUGGAAGAAAACCAAAGAAGACGUCGAUCGCAUGAAGUUUUUUUGCCUUUGGGUAAUUUAGAGCACUUGGGCCCUGAACAACAAGAACCCAUUGAUUAUCACGUGCCUCGACGUAGGUCAACUCUUGACAACGACGAGGAGCAGCUUUUGAAUGCUAAGCGCUUGGAAAGGGAGCGUAAAUUGAGAGAAGCGCGCCGCAGAAGUGCCUUAUUGGCUGCCCGUACUAUAUUGGCUCAGGCUAAGGUUAAUCCACGUUUUAUAAGAUCCUUGCCGGGAAUUUUGGCGGCUGCUGCUGGACACGGUCGUACCACAUCUGGUUCAAACGGAAGCAAUCAAGGUCAGGGAUUCCAAAACGGAUUUGGUGGCUCGAACGGUUCAGGUUCUCAACAGCACUCGAGUGGUGGUGGUGGUUCACCCACAGGUUUCGGCGGAUCAGGUGGUCUUAGUGGCGGAGCAGGCGGCGGCGGUAUGGGCGGAGGUCGUGAUGGUCGAGGCAACUAUGGCCCCAAUUCACCACCAUCUGGAGCUUUACCCCCUUUUUAUGAGUCAUUGAAAAGUGGCAAUACCAUGAACGGCUCCUCGACCACCAAUUUCAAUUCAUCUGCAACUUCAAACUUUUUACAACAAAAUGCUGCAGCUUAUUUAAUGUCCGCCGCUAGUAAUGGUGGUGGUAGUAGUGGUGGCGGUGGUGUUGGUCAACAAUACAACUCUUCUUCGGGAGGUGACAAUAUGGGUGGCGGCGGUGGAAUUUCGUCCGCACCCAACCUUACAGGAUCAUCUUCAUUGGAUCAAGCAACACCGUCUGCGUCUAGCAUGCUUUUCGCUAACGGUCAUGGUAAUAAUUCUCUUCCUUACAGUUCUUUAGCUAAUUGCGCUAAAUAUAAUCAACCUUCUUCUCCUUCUUCGGCUGCCUCUCCACCGCAACCUAAUUACCCACCGCAUUUACCAUACGGUCCCAACCCUUCAGCAUAUGGCAUAAUUCUAAAAGAUGAACCAGAUCUGGAGGAAUACGAGGAAAAGAUUGAUAUUGGAGCCUUUGCGCAGAAUAUCAUACAGGCAACAAUGGGGAAUUCGGGAAAUUUUAAUGCUUCGGCCUUUGAAGAUGCUAUUAUGCCGGAUUUGGCUUCAGCUGCACAAGGACCGAACGGUGCAAUGGUGGAUUCAUUGCAAUUUACGGCCAAUUUAAUAUUAUCCUCGCAAACAGAUCAUUUGCUUGAACAACUCUCCAAUGCAGUCGAUUUGAGUUCAUUUUUACAACGCAAUUGUGUGGACGAUGAAAACUCCACAUCGCCGCGACAAGAUUUUGAGCUGGUCUCAACUCCUUCCUUGACACCAGAUUCGGUGUCAAUUACACCGGUAGAUUGUCAUAAUUCAUCGACAUUACAGUUGGAUACUUUCCAUGAGAAUUUAAUGCAGCAGUUAACCAACAACAUUACGCGGACACAACAAACUGCAGCCAAUUACGCACCCUACGAACGUCAUCAGCAACAGCAACAGCACCAAAUGCAACAACAACAUCAGCAGCAACCUCCUCCAUCUUAUCAACAUGCCACAAGAGAUAUAAUGCAGAUGCAACAGCAGCAUCAUCAGCAUCAGCAAAAUGGCUAUCAACAAAACCAAGCCACGCAACCAUUAAACAGUUUACUUAACCAAAAUAAUCUGCUAAUGCAACAACAGCAACAGCAUUAUCAGCAGCAACAACAGCAGCACGGCAACAGCUAUCAUCAUAUGCAACAACAACAACAGUCGCAGCAUUCUCAUCAACAGCAUGCAUUGUCUUUGAACCAACAUCAGCUGCAGCAGCAACAACAACAACAUCUCCCCCAUCAUCAUGGGGGCCAUGGACAUCACUCUCAGCUUGGCAGCAAUAGCAAUGGUCACCACCCUGGUCCCCAUCACCUAAUGCAACACCAUAGUGACAACAGCAAUCUCUCACUGCCCUCGCCAAAUUCAUCCUCAGCAAUAUCUACCACUGCCAAUGGUCAUAUGAUGAUACCAUCACAAAGUCAUCACCCAAUGUCAUCGGCUGCCAGCAACACAUCAUCAGGUUCAGCUUCUGCUGCUGCACUUCUAGAUACAUCGCUGCUGGACGCUAAGCCCAUCAUACAAAGUGUAAGUCCAACUAAUUCUGCUACUAGUGGUAGUUCGCGAUAUUGUUCCUCUUCUUGCUCUUCGUCGUCGUCCACCAACUCGUCAUAUAAACAAAAACGCUCUGUAACAGUUGCCACCGCUUCCAUGGCGGCAGCUGCUGCUGUUGCUGCUUCAGCGUCAUGUUUAACUUCUCCCACUGUUGCCAAGUUGCACGAAAGCAAAGUGCUACAGCAACGGUUGGGCUUACCACCAGAAGUACAAUUGGAAUUUGUCAACGGCGGUCAUGGCAUUAAAAAUCCCUUAGCCAUUGAAAAUUCGCAUGGCCAUCAUCACCAUCGCAUACGCAGCAUUGACUGUGUAGAUGAUAUGAAAAAGCCACUGAUAUCCGAUACAUCUAUGAAUGGUAGCAUUGGUGGCAACAGUAAUAGCAGCUGCAGCAGCAGCAAUGGAAAUGGAGUCAUCUCUGGCAUGAACAAUAAUGAAAACAAUGUCCAAGAACCAUCAAAUUUCGUUUGUCGCAUAUGCUUAAAAUCCUUCACAUUGAAGCGACUGUUGAAUCGUCACAUGAAAUGUCAUUCCGAAAUAAAACGUUAUUUGUGUACAUUCUGUGGUAAGGGUUUCAAUGAUACAUUUGAUUUGAAACGACACACGCGUACCCAUACGGGAGUUAGACCCUACAAGUGUAACUUGUGUGAGAAGAGCUUUACACAAAGAUGUUCUCUGGAAUCGCAUUGCCUUAAAGUGCAUAGUAUGCAGCAUCAAUAUGCCUACAAAGAAAGAAGAACAAAGAUGUAUGUUUGUGAGGAAUGCGGACACACCACUUGUGAACCCGAGGUUCAUUAUAUACACUUAAAAGAAAAUCAUCCAUACUCGCCGGCUUUAUUAAAGUUCUACGAUAAACGACAUUUCAAAUUUAACAAUUCACAAUUUGCCAAUAAUUUACUGGGACAACUGCCUAUGCCGGUGCAUAAUUAAUAGUAGUAAGAAGCAACAUCAAAACACUUCCAUGAGAUAUACAACAAAAUGUUAAAUCAAAGAACAAAAGAAAACUAUUCUUUGUGUCUUACAACCAACAAAACCAAGUUUUCCAAAAACUGCCUUAAAAAAAUCAGAGAUUAUUUUUACAAGCCUUAAAUAACGUAAACGCACUAGCUUAUUACAUUUCUCUUCCCUUUGAUAAUGCUUUAAACUAAAAACAUGAAACUUUAUUUUGUUUUUCCCAAUCAAUCUUUUUUUAUUUAAUUUUUUUUUUUCUUUUGCUGAGCAAAUCAUGUUGAUAGCACCAAAACGGUUGAUUUUGAAUUUUAUUUCAUAUUACUUUGAGAAAGCGAAAAAUACCGUUUUGGGGUUUCUUCUUUUUAUUUAUUAUUUUUAUUUGUUAGAUGUAAAGAGUUUAAAGUCAUUUGAGAGAAACUAAGAUGAAAAAUCCUUAAUUUUUUUAAGUUCUUCUUUUUGUAUAAAUAUUUUAAUAUUUUUACAUUUAUAUUUUCGAUAUAAGUUUCUUACAUUUAAAUCCUCUCAACAAAUGCUGCUUUAAUUUUGUGAAAAAAAAAACAAAACCAUGAUAAUGAAACUUAUAAAGUUUUUUCCCAAAACACACACGCAUACCACACUUUAUUUUUUAAACAUUUUUAGUUAAUUGAUUAUGUAUUUUUGUUAUGUAAAAUGUAAAUAUUUUUAUUAUAAUUAUGUAACUUAACAUCUUUUUGCCUCGGUUAAGGAUAGUUUUAUGAUUUUCAAAGUUCUGAUGAGCGAAACAUUUUAUAGAAAUGUUUGGUGUAUAAUAUCCAACACCUCCAAUUCUCUCAACAAAUUUCAUUAUUAUCCCCUUAAUGGGUCUUUUUUGACAGACUUUGUUAUAUUUUAUCUAUCCUUAGCCGUAACUUGUACAAAGUAUUUUCCCCCAAUUCUUAUCUACUGGUGUAUUUUUAAGAAUUUAUAUUUAUUUCUUACUUGAUUUCUUUUUUUUAAUGAAUUUAGUUUUACAACCAAUUUUCCAUUUUCUAAUUUUUUAAGUUGUAAGCAACCAAAUAAGUAGAACACAUGUUGAAAUGCUUAUCAUAAUAUGCUAAAAAAAAAAACAAAAGUUAGAUGUAACAUCGUGAACUGUCCAUACAUUGUGGAGCUAAGGAGAAGAAGUAUAUAUGUCAGCUGGCAAGAAAUAAAAUGAAAACCAAAACCAUUGUUAAA